CAUAUUGUUAUAUAGUAACUCGAAGAAGCGCCUCUAAGUUCGGAAGUCUGAAAAAGUUACCGCACCUCCACAAUGACGGCAUCGAGUUUCAGGGACUGCAAGGCAUGGAUAGCAGAAGGUCUUCCGUUGUCCACCAGCAGUAAUGAGGCGUGUAAACUAUAUGAUGCCAUCCUUACUCAGUAUGUGAAAUGGCGGAACGAUGAGACCGUGGGAGGAUUUGAAGGAUGCUUCUCUGCCAUCCAGGCAGCUGACCCUAACUUUGUCAUGGGCCACGUGAUCACUGCGGGUCUGGAGCUGAUGUCUACGGCGAGCUCCCCCCGUCUGAACGAGAGCCUGGCCAGCUCCGUGAGGCGGACGGUGGAGCUGGCCACCAGCCAGGUCCUCUCUCCUCGAGAGAGGCUCCACGUCCAGGCCUUGGAGCACCAGUCACAUGGACGCUUUACGGCGGCCUGCGACGUGUGGGAGGACAUCCUGGUGGACCACCCCACCGACCUGCUGGCUCUCAAGUUCGCUCAUGAUGGUUACUUCUACAUCGGAGCCCAAGCCUGCCUUCGGGACUCUGUGGCCCGGGUGCUGCCCUACUGGAAACCACACACGCCUUUGUACAGCUACCUGAAAGGAUUGUAUGCCUUCGGUCUCCUGGAGAAUCGCGACUACGACCAGGCUGAGAAAGUAGCCAUGGAGGGCCUCGCUCUGACUCCGGAUGACGCGUGGGCUGUCCACUCCAUCGCCCAUGUUUAUGAGAUGAAAGCCGAGGUGGACAAAGGCUUGAAAUUCAUGGAAAGCACAGAGAAAGACUGGCAGGUGUCUGACGUGCUGGCCAGUCAUAACUAUUGGCAUUGGGCUCUAUUCUUCAUCGAGAAGGGCCAAUACGAAGCCGCUCUGCAAAUAUUCGAUUCUCAGGUGUUCAGACGCUGCAAAAUUACGGGAUCUAUGCUGGACACCGUGGACGCCUGUUCAAUGCUCUGCAGACUGGAAAUGGAGGGUGUGUGCGUGCAGGACCGCUGGCGAGAGCUGCUCCAGGUAACACGGCCCCACACCGACGAUCACGUGACCUUGUUUAACGACCUCCACUUCCUCAUGGCGUCGCUGGGAGCCAAAGAGAGCGGCACGUCUCAGCGUCUGCUGGAGGGCCUCCAGGAGUUGGCCAGAGAGCCAGGGGACAAUCAUCAGCAUCAGCUGGCGGGGACCACCGGCGUGGCCAUGUGCCAGGCCUUGAUGGAGUACGACCAGGGCCACUACGAUCGAACAGUGCAGCUCCUGUACCCUCUGCGCUACCGCGUGGUGAAUAUAGGGGGCAGCGAUGCACAGAGGGACGUCUUCAAUCAACUGCUUAUUCAUGCGGCCGUGAAAUCAGAGAACAAGCACCAUCAGAAACUGGGCAGAUGUCUGCUGCUGGAGCGCGACGCCGUGAGGCCCAACUCCCUCCUGACGGGCCGCCUGAUGCAGAGGGCGCUGGCGCUUCACAGCUAGGCGGAGCGCUCCUCGUCGAGCGCCACGAUCUGACGUGCCGGGGUUCCUCUGGAGUCUGGGCUCAUUUUCUCGAUUUUACCAAAAAAAAAGUAAAUUCACCUUUUCAAGGCUUUUGCAUAUGACACAUACCCACGUGUUAUACAUCAAACAUUCCAGAAUAUUCUCAGCUCUAUAUACAAUGAGGCCCAAUUGUCCUCAGGCACAAGUGGAAAGAGAAAAUAUGUCCCUAAAGCUGAAAAUUGAAGUUUGAUUUUUCAUAUUCUUUACAUCUCUUGUGAAAACACACCUUUACUCAUGUGGACGAACUGUUUUGGUGUUUGAAAUUGGUUUACCAAAGGUUCAAGUUCACAAAAGCAGUGAAAUAUCUGAAUACAAUGCUAGAUACAUGUAAAUAAAUGUCUAAAACCAAA